AUGCUGCGUCAGGACCUGCCGCGGUCUCGGCUGGGCUUCCUGGGACUCGGUGGUUGUGGGCUGAUUGUAAAGCAUGGAAUGACUCUUAGAAACUGGGCGUCAUUCUUUGUGGUUUUCCCAGCUUGGUCCCUGAUGAUACUCCAGGCCUUAGGAGACAUGCUGAAUAUUUAUUAUGCUUACAUUCAAGCAACAUGAACCCUUAAGGUUGAUGUAGCUCCCCGUCUUUUUUUCCCAGAAGGAGGAGCACUGAAGGAACAUUUUUCCAGUAUGGAUUCUUUCCAGCUCCGAGAAGCUGGAGGCACACGGAUCCCUCGGCCAGCUCCCAUCUAUGGACGUGCUGUAGUCACAAGGACUGUGACUAAGGCUCAGUCCCUGAGGAGUGCCUUGGCAUGGGCUGCUUUAGGCUGUAAACACCCAGUUUUAUCCACUUUAUGUGAAGAAAGCCAACAAGGGGCAUGGAGUGAGUUCCGCAGGUUUUAGCGGCUGUGGCGGCUGGUGCUCAGUGGGGGUGAUGGAGGGAAGGCGCCUCCCUCUGGGGGCCCCGAGGUCUGUGCGGGAAUCAGCUCUGCAGCUGUGUCCAGGGGCAGCCGUAGACCACACACGGCAGGCUCACAGCUCUGUUCCAUGAGAACUUUAUACACAAAAGCAGACAGGCUGGGCUUGGCCUCUGGAUCAUAAUCUGCUGACCCCUGGGUAAGAAAUUUUAAAUAUUUACUUAAUUCUGUUCAACAGAAGGGGUGAUAUACUGAGGAGUGAAUAAUGGGAAAGAUCUGAUUCAGAUGUAUCAGGAAGGACUGGUGUAAAUUCAACUUAUUAACUGAAUUCACAGUAUUCGUGUUUUAUGCCUUUAGGGGUUAAAAAUGGGUCACACACGAGCAGCAUGCACUUCACUGGCGUGGCAGGGCACCUCAGUGUUUACAUGUGUGGUUCCCAUGCUUACCAGGGCUGGAGGCCCCUGUUAGUAGUGAAGUGCAUGUGGAGUUCUGGAUACUUUUCCUGGCUUUCUCUAUUUGUAUGAGCUUGUGCAGUUAGAGGUUUGGGCUGAAUUUGGGUAGAAAUGGGUGGCUCACAGGCUGCAAAAGUUCUGUGGACCCCUUUUCCCCCAGCUGAUUAAUGUUGUAAAUAUUAGAAUAUUGUUACAUAAAAGUCUGGAUUUUUAGUUUCUUUCACAUUGGAAUAGCUGCCAACAUUGGGCCUGCAUUCAUCUCUCUAGGGCAACGUCGGCUGCAGCGGAGAUGGCUGCUCCCCGGUGGGGUGUGUGCUCGGCCUGCAGCCCCCGCCCUCCGGACUCCAUUCGCCUCCGCUCUCAGGUUUGCACCUCGUCAUUGUCUUCUAAUUUUGCAUCCCUGGACUGCGUGACCUACAAGGCUCUCAGCACAACAAGACUCUAUGAUUCUGUCUAUUAGAACAAAAAGCCAGUGAGGCAAGUGUAUCAUCCUGUUGAAUUCACAGCAUUAACUCUGGGAGUUGGGGACAGUGUCUAUUCUUUCUCCAGACACUCUCUGUUUCUCCUGGAUGGAAAGGUUCUGCUACUUGUCCCGUGGUCAGGCCCAGCCAAUGGAACGGAAUGGAAGUGACUCUGCCCCUUAUUGGCAGAAACUUUAAAAGCCGCACAACGUUCCUGCACCCUCCCCUCUGCCAUGAGCCUGGCAGUGCUCAGGAUGGGAAAAUUAUCUCACCUGGGCCUGAGGAUACAGGAGCUACCCCCAGCCUGCAGUGGAAGAGAAGCAUGGACGAGUGAUUAAACUUUGUGUUUUCAAGCCACAGAGGUUUUUUGAAGUUGUUUGCUACCAUGCUUUGUCCCUACAAACACAGUCAUGGAGAAGGCCAGUGGCAGACCCUGAGCUGUUCGCGCAUCUGUUCACCAGUAUCCAGAAUAACAAUAGAUUUUUGAAACAUUCCUGAGAAAAUUCUGGGAGUUGCAUAGCGGCCAGUCUUAUUCUCUAAAGUUGUUCCUUCUAAAGGGUGGGAUGACUGAAAAUUUCAGAAAAGCAAACCACCGCUGAAAGGCAACAUUAUUUCUGUUGGCAGAAGGCGGCCUGAGCAAUCUAGAUUUUCCACAGUUCACCAACUCCUUUUUAAGGAAAUAUGGCUGUGAGAGGAAUAAAACAUGAUUCCUACCUUUAAGGAACUCAGAGAAGUGAAUUAAAGGAAGUCACAGAUCAGACAACCAACCACACAAAGUUUCUAAGAGCAAACUGUUCAGGUCGGCAAGUCACUCUUAUCCACUGUUUUGCCUUCUAAGGUUUCAGUUACUCCCAGUCAUGGUCCAAAAACAUUAAAUGAAAAAUUCCAGAAAUAAACAAUACACACGUUAUAAA